UCAGUGGUGAGUUGUGCUAGCGGGACUGUGGAGCUUUCAAAAGUGGCAUUCGGAGUCGUCGUAGCCGAAGCCAGGUGGACUAGCCAGAAGCUGUGAGGGCCGGGUUUUAUUCCCCGUGGACCGAGCCUCGAGCGCUUUGAGGAGUCCGACUUGGUCGGCGUAGAAUCGGCACAAGAUGGCAUCAAAGUUUCAGUACGAUGAAAACGGAGGCACGUUUUUCUUGUUCCUCUUGGCAUUCCUCGCCAUGGUGGUACUGCCCUGUACCUAUUAUUUGUGGCCACGGAAAUCCAAGGAGAACCCCGACGAAGAGAAGAAAAAAUGCCAAUGCUCUCCGUGCCGUGAUAAAUUCGCCCGGCUGAAAGAAAUUGCUCCAAUGACCAAGACGAAAAAUAUGAUCAUUCGAAUCCUCAUCGUUCUCGGCUGGAUUGCGAUGUUUGCGUGCGCCUACAAGGUAGCGCACCUCGAAGACACUUGGAAGAAAUGGGAUCCGUACGAGAUACUCAAACUGGACCCGGGAGCGACAACUUCCGAAAUCAAGAAAGCGUAUCGGAAGCUAGCAGCGAUCCACCAUCCAGAUAUGAAGACUGGUGACGAGGCGGAGUUCAGAGAAAUAGCUAGAGCAUACAAAGCUUUGAGCAAUGAGGAAUCUCGGAAGAACUGGGAGACCUACGGCGAUCCCGAUGGUCCAGGAGCAAUGUCUUUCGGUAUUGCGCUUCCCUCCUGGAUUGUCGAGAAAGAGAACUCGAUCUGGGUACUCGGGGCCUACAUGCUGGUAUUCAUGGUCGGUCUGCCGACUGCCGUGGGCAUGUGGUGGUACAGGUCCGCUAAGUACGGCGAAGAUCUCGAAGUGCUCCUUGACACGACGCAGCUAUAUUUCUUCUUCAUCAACAAGACAUCUCUCAUGCCUCUUCGCCGAGUUGUGAUGAUUGUGGCGGCCUCAAUGGAUUUCGAGUCGUCUCGAAACCCCGACAUGAAAAUGCGACCGAGCGAUAACGAGGAAAUUCCCCAGCUCAUCAAAAAAAUCGAAGAUUUCGGUGAAAAGAAUCGCGAGGCUCCGUUGAAUUACGAAUAUUCGAUCAAGGCCAGAGCAUUGCUUUAUGCGCACCUCUUGCGGCUGCCUCUGAGCGAGGGCGCCGCCAAGGACAUGAGGUACAUAAUAAGGAAGUGCCCUGUCCUACUGAGCGAGUUCGUGUCCUGCACGUCUCAAUUAGUAAUGCUGGCGCUCAGUGGACGUAUCCAACGGUUGCCCAAGUUGGAAACUCUAGAGAACGCGAUCAAGCUCUGCCAGCUGGUUGUGCAAGCAUUGUGGGAGAACCGUAACCCUCUGCUCCAGAUUCCGUACAUCGGGGAGGAGCACCUCCGAUUAUUCUCAAACAAAAAAUGUCACAUCAAGAGCAUCGAUCAGCUGCGGCAGCUAACGGAAACGAAGCGCAGGGAUUUGUUACGGUUCUUGGACGAUGCCAAGUACCAGAACGUGAUCAAAUGUCUCGAAUCGAUGCCCUCCGUUGAGAUCAAGUACAAACUUGAAGUUAUCGACGACGAGGAUCCCGAAACCAUCACAGCUGACUCUCUGGUCACAAUGACGGUCACGAUGCGGCGACGGAAACCGGAGGAAGUCCUGAACCGGUCGGAAGAAGAGCUCGUCGACGACAAGGAAGAGGAGAAACCGAAAAUCACGAGCUGGAUGAAAAAGCCCCAGAAGAAGUCUGGUGGGAAGAAGAAGGCCAAGGCCAAGAAGCCAACGAAUUUCAGGCUGAUCCACAGAGCGGAUCCCGAAGAAGGUAGCGAGGACGACGCAGAACCCGACAAGGAGAAUCGUGUUCAGGAGAACGGUGUCGAAUCCACAGACGGUGUCGAAAGCCAAGCGUCACAAAAAGAAGAAAGUGAAGAUGGUGGCAAGGCCGAAACUGGCGACUCUCAGGUCAGAAAGAGGAAGAAGACGGAGCGGAAGAAACACGACGACCAGGGGGACAAAGCGGAACAAGACGAAGGUAGCGAUGACGCUAGCAAUCACAGCGACGGGGAUCAGGUUAACAACGAUGACGAGAAGGACGGGUCAGACGAUGAGGCGUUGCAUUUCGAUCAAGACAAAAAGAAGAAGAAGAAGAUCAUGGAUAAAAUCCCGAAGAUUUCUCAUCCUGUGCACGCGCCUUAUUUCCCGAGCGAUAAACAGGAGUUCUGGUGGCUGUAUCUCGUCGACAAAAAACAGCAACAGCUCAUGACAGUUCCUUUCCUGAUGACCAAUCUCGUCGACGAAGAGGACGCCAUUUUGAAAUUCACGGCACCUCGGAAACCCGGGAGUUAUCAUUUAACACUACAUGUCAAGAGUGAUUCCUACGUCACGGACUUCGACAAGCAAGUCGACCUGAAGUUCGACGUGAAGCCCGCGAAACCUGUCGUUGAAAGUCAUCCUCAAUGGGAUGCUCUGGACGAGGAGUCCGAGGUUGAAGUCGAAGAUUCUGCUGUGGAAGAUUCCGACCUAUGCAGCGAUGACGACUUGGAUUCGGACAACGACAACGCAAAUUGAUCGCGGCAUCUAGGAUUUCAAACAAUGCUUUUCUAAAAUGAGACAGGCGUAUUUUUCUGGAGAUCUAUGGAUCCGCGUAUGGUGUUUCUCGAUGAAUUGACGGAGACGGAGAUCGACUUCGACGAUGAGCCCUCGUCGUCAGAAGGCUGUAUCUGCAAGCCGAACAGUAUCGUCGGUCAAGAGAAGCGGCAUUGAAAACGAAGAACUGUGCCCGCGAAGCUAAUGGAAUGAGAUUAAUAUUCUGUAUUUAUUUUUGCGACUGAUAUUGUUGUCAAUGUGAGUACCGCUGCAAGGUGUGACUCGGAAAAGAGAACGAGGAACUUUAUAAGAUCGGAAAACUGCAUAUAUACGAAUAAGGAGUCUACAAACAAUCUAGCCGAUUGUCGCCGAAGCUUUGCGGAAUCUCGAAUGAAUGAGGAAAAAAA